AUGGCUGCAAAGAUGCCGCGCAACUUCCGUUUGCUGGAGGAGCUUGAGAAGGGCGAGAAAGGGCUGGGUGCAGGUAAAGGCUCAGAUACACCUUGCACGCCCUACGAUCAGGACACUGACACUACAGCAGAGGCAUGUUCAUAUGGACUUGCUGAUGGCGACGAUAUGAUGAUGUCAAAUUGGAACGGCACCAUCCUGGGACCACCACAUAGUGCACACGAAAACCGAAUUUACAGCGUCAAUCUUCAUUGCGGUGACAGCUAUCCUGAUUCACCACCAACCAUCCAAUUCGUGUCGAAAGUGAAUCUGCCCUGCGUUGACCAGAGGAACGGCAAGGUACAGAGCUAUGCAGAAUCGAGCCUACAUACAGCUGACUUGGUCAAGGUCGAUCCAUCAAAAGUGCCGUGCCUGGCGCACUGGAAGAGAGAUUACAAUAUGGAGACAAUUCUCAUCGAACUGCGAAGGUAUAUGGCUUUACCACAACACAAGAAGCUGCAACAGCCUAAGGAAGGAGAGACCUUUUAG